GUGAGCUUCCAAAACAUCACUUGAUCACUUCUCAGGUGUGUUCAGAAUGAAGGGUUGUUAUAUAGUGCUGCUCUUCUGCCUGUCCUCAAGGACAGCUCAAACAUGCUGCACAUCCGUCGAUGCCAUGUGGAAUGAACUGAAGAUGCUGAGAGACAUGGUGGUGGAGCAGAGGGUUGAGCUGAGGGGCCUGGAGAGCAGAAUGAAAGACGUCGAGGAGAAGGCUGACGAAGACAGGGCGAAGGUUUUACUGCUGACGAUGGAACUUGGGAACAUGUCAGAGAAGGUGGAGGAGCAGAGAACCGAGCUGGUGGCCACAAGAAACAAGAUUUCUGAGCUGGAGAAGGAAAACGCAGUGUUCUCAGCAGAGCUGUCAGCUGCUGGACACAGAGUGGAAGCCAGUGAGAAAGAAGUGGAUACUUUGAAAGGAGCACUGAGCAUGACCAAGGAUCAAGUGCAACUGCAGAAGAUAACUGUGGAGAACCUGGAGAGAGCAAACACAGGCGAGACACCAGGUAAGAUUGCUUUCUCUGUUGGUUUGAACAGUCCGUUGGGGUAUUUUGAAACUGACACUGUGCUGAAGUACGAUAAAGUCUUCACCAACAUUGGGAAGGCUUAUAACCCUACAUCAGGCAUGUUCGUCGCACCCAUCAGAGGAGUUUACUACUUCAGAUUCAGCGCAUUUGGUGCCAAUAAUUCUCAGCGUGUUGGUGUUGAACUGUACCACAAUGACCAGAGAGUGAUAAGAAGUGAUGAAUAUAUCGCUGAGGGAGGGCAUAAAAAUUUGUCAAAUGCAUUAACUCUUCAGUUAAAUGAGGGAGAUUUGGUGUACAUGAAUCUUCCCAAAUGGUUAAGUUUGUAUGAUAACUCUGAAAAUCACAACACUUUCAGUGGCUUCCUCCUCUUCAGUUUGUAAGUGAUGGUCAUGUGAUCAUCACAGUGAUCUACUUGUUUAUGGUGAACCAGCACAUCAAUAAAUAUCUGAUGAUUGAA